AUGGAUUCUCUUGAUAUGUUAUACAACGAAAACGUCGAAUCUCAGACACAAGACAUCUAUGAUCCGAACCCACCUGCGUAUUGGUAUUUACGAAGCACAGAGCAGGGGACGUAUUAUGGACCGCCAAACGCUUCACUAGACAACCGUGAGAGAGGAGUCGACGUACCCUAUGAGCUGUCGACGUGUCAACACACGUUCACUGGACAUUGGCAUUCAACAAGCUAUAUCCCGGGUAAAGACCUACGCAUCGACGACUGCCGUUUGACCAAUGAGCCGGGCCGUGGUGUUGAGGAACCUUGGGAACAGGCCUUUCCAUGGAUGAGAGUUUCAAGAUCUCAACCACUGUCUAAAGGAAACUACUUCUGCAAGGACUCAGAAGGUCACAAGAGGAACCGGACCGCGUACAGCAGGGCUCAGCUUCUGGAACUGGAGAAGGAGUUUCUGUUAAACAAGUACAUUUCCAGGAUCCGAAGGUAUGAACUGGCCACGAUACUUAACCUGACGGAACGGCAUAUUAAAAUCUGGUUCCAGAACCGGCGAAUGAAGUGGAAAAAGGAUGUGUCAAAGAAACACAGAGUGUUGGAAAAUCAAGAAAAAGACCACAACGCCGGUUCAACGUCAAAAACAUGA